AUGUCCGGCGCCGUGAGAUCCACCAUGUUUAAGCGCGCGCUCGAGCGCUGGCCCAAAAACCCUCUCCGACCCGACUGCCAGCUGCAGGAUGUCCUGGCCAAACGACUGGAAGCCGGCCCCCUUGCGCCGCCGCAUGCCUUGAAAAAUGGCGUAUCCAAGGCGGAAGCCGAGAUGAGGCAGGCCAACGCCUUUUACUCGCUGCUCGAGAACCGGUACAAGUCCAUUUACAAACUCAAGGGCGAUAUCAUGCGCCCUCGCAGCAACCCGACAUACUACCAAGACCUGAUCACCGAGCUGGACGAGGCGCCAACCAGAAGCUGGCUCGACCGGACGCUGAACAAAUUCAAGGGCAUGAUCCGAUUCACGUCAUGA